AUGAGAUAUUAUUAUUAUCAGCAGGAGAAUAAAAUAUCUCUCACGCUGAUUCUUCGAAAGAUGCACUACAAUUACCAAGUAGGCCGCAUUGAAACCAAGAUAUUCGAUCUCCAUAAAGCUUUGUGCUUUAUUCCAUCGCUUGCCAUUCAUCUCUCCGAUGAAAAGGAGCGAAAGGGUGACAGAGUGGAGUUCAACAAGGAAACGCAACUUCUCCCCAUCUUUGGUCUUGGUUCCCUGGACGAGAAGGAGAGCGAAGUGGACAUUUACAAUCGCCACCCCAAAGAGCUCGUCGACUUGAUCUGCAAGGAGGCCGGCGUCUCUGCCGAAUCUGUUCUUGACAUGGACUGCUAUCUCUACGAUCCAACCCCCGCAACCAUCGGCGGAAUCCACGACGAAUUCAUCUUCAGCGGCAAGAUCGACAAUCUCUCGAUGACCUACUGCGGUCUGCACGGAUUCCUGCAGUCUCUCGAGCAGCCAGUCGCCGACGACCACAUGGUUCGCGUGCUCGCCCUCUUCGACCACGAGGAAAUCGGCUCUGCUUCGCUUGCCGGCGCGGAGAGCACGAGUCUUCGCACGAUCAUCAGUCAAUUGUCGGGCGAAUCGAACGUCAGCCAGGCCAUUCGCAAGUCGUUCUUGCUGUCCUACGACGUCUCGCACGCCUUCAAUCCGGAGUACAGCGACAAGACCGAGAGCAACCAUCGCUGCAUCCUCAACAAGGGCGUCGUGAUGUCCUUCGCUGCCUCGCAGAACAUGGCGACGUCCGCUCCCUCCGCUGCCGUCAUGCGUUAUCUCUGCAAGAAGAACCGCCUCGAUCUCCAGUCCUCCGUCAAGAAGCAGGAUAUGAGGGAGGGAUCGACCGUCGGACCGCGCAUCAGCACGCAGCUCGGAGUUCUCACGGCGGAUUGCGGCAUUCCGCAGCUCGCGAUGCACAGUAUUCGAGAGAUGUGCGGAACGAAGGAUAUCGAGACGGGAGUGAAGAUCGCCGAGGCGUUCUAUCGCGAGUGGGGAACGAUCGAGAAGAAUAUGAAGCUGGGAGAAGAGUUUUGGAUUGUUUGUUUCCAUACUUUUGCAAUUCCAUUUUUCGGGGGAUUUUUGUCUGCGAUUGACCAAGUCAACAAUUCUGUCCCAUUCGUUUAA